AUGGCAUGCAAACUUUACUCCAAAAGUAAUUUACGCACCAAAUCUGACGGUGUACAGUUCCUACGGCUAAAGGAAGAUUUCCCCGUCGGUGGUGAGAUCGUCUCGCUGUACGCAUAUCCACGCAAUUCGAUCUUGAUACCGCGCACGGAGAACUCCAGUGAUUACGAGUACUUCAAGCUGAAGGAAAUUAACAGCACCGUCGUGAGUGUCAUCCUCAACCGCAGUCUGGACGGGCUAGUAGAUUCAGAUGAUCCGCAGAGCAUCCUCAAGUUUACCGUAUUCUGCAGUGGAACGUCAACUACCAACGCGAAGCAGGACAAUCAGUCAUCAUUUUUUACAAUUACUGUUUACAUUGAAGAUAUUAACGAUAAUGAUCCCGAAUUUAUCAAUCUACCGUACGUGGUAACGCUCGACGAAUCAACGCCAAUUGAGACGGUGGUGUUUAAUAGAAUUAAGGCAAUUGAUCGUGAUAAGCCAAACACGCCGAAUUCCGACCUCGAGUAUGCGCUCGCGGCCAAGCACAUGAAGAGCGGCGACUUUCCGUUUCGCCUGGAAGGUUCCCAGCGGCCCUCGUUGGUGUUGCAGCGACCGCUCGACUACGAUGCCGGCUGGCGCUCGAUGAGCGUACAGAUCGUGGCAUCCGAUCGGGGCAAUCCGCCCCGCACUGCCAACGCCACCAUCCGGGUGAACCUGCGCGACGUGGACGAUCUGCCGCCGAUCUUUACCCGCGCCCAGUACCGGACACGCAUCAAGGAGUCCUUUCCGCUUACGGGCAAACCAAUUCACAUCCCACUGUACAUUGAGCCACCGAUUAUGGCGUUCGAUCAGGACUCGCUGAACGAGACGCUCGUGUACGGUAUAGUGGCCGGUAACGAGCGUCAACUGUUUUGGAUAUCACCGGAAACGGGAGUACUGUUCCUGCAGAAGGAGAUCGAUCUGGACAGUGAAAGCUUGCCGGAUAACACGUUCACACUGCAGAUUGAGGCGCAGCAGAUCAAUGAUCCGACCAAGAAUGCCUUUGCGCGUGUGGAGAUUGAGGUGAUCGACUUGAACGAUAAUGUGCCCGAGUUUGAGGUCGACCUGUACAACAUCUCCAUCAUCGAGAAUCUUCCGAAAGGGUUCAGUAUACUACAGGUGAAUGCAAUCGAUCGGGAUCAGGGUGAGAAUGCUGAGUUCUACUACUAUCUUAUGGACGAGGAACCCAAGGGAGCUUUCAUGAUCGACCACGGUUCCGGGUGGAUUGUGGUUCGGGACGAAACCUUUCUGGACAAGGAACAACGUAACUCGCUAAAAAUGAAUGUACACGCCGUGGAGAGGAUUGAGCAGUAUGAUCGUAGCCGCAACUAUGGCAAGGUCCAGGUGGAGAUCACAUUGCUGGAUACCAAUGACAAUACGCCAGAGUUUGAGCAGGGAACACUGUACGAGUUUAAAACACACUGUAAUGGUACAAUCGGAUCUAAGGUGGGCCGUAUACGAGCAAUCGAUCCGGAUGACCUUGGAAACGGGAAGGUACAGUACACAAUCAAAAACGUACGCCCGAACCUUGUCAUCCCGUUCCAGCUCGAUCCAGACACGGGCGAUAUUCGUGUGUCGGAACAGCUUACCUACGGUAAAAUUGCAUUUUUCGUUGAAGCACGAGAUCAGCCUCAGAAUCCAUCUGAAUCUCGCUUCAACGUUGCAUUAGUUACGAUCGACAUCGUUUGUCAAUCGAUUGAGGAUAUCGAAUUCAUUGGUGCACCGUAUGAGUUCUGGGUGGGGGCGGAUGCAUCCAUCGGUUCUUCCGUUGGGCAAAUAAGAACCACCUUCGAUAUGGUUUCCGAUGAGGAGAUAUUCUUCGAUCUGCUACACUCCUACCCGGAAGGAGUACCUUUUGCGAUCGAGGAACGAUCCGGCAUUGUGACGGUGAUUGAAUCUAUGGAGAAAUUUGAUAGGCGAUGCUAUGAGUUUGAAACAGUUGUGUCGUAUCUGCCCGAUUCCGCCGGCAAGAAUGUGGAACAGCUAACACCCGAAGCGUACAACAGUCUGGAGAAGAUCAUCGUAACAAAUGUCACAAUCCACGUGAUAAAGCACAACUUCAUGCUGUUGCGAGGUACCAACGCAACUCCGAUCGAAUUCCGUGUGAAAGAGAACAAACCAAACACAAUGAUCGGGCAGCUGAAGUUCCAAGACUUCCAGGAGCAAUGCGAUGCGGACGAGAAGGGACUGCCACCGUUGAUCUCAGUACGCGGGGACAAGAAUCGAGGCGAUCGACAAGUAUUUCAACUGAAUGGUGGAAAAAAUCGAACUCGAUACGCUAGAAGGUUUACACGAGACGUGUCGGGGCAUUCGAACUUCAUCCGUUUGUAUCCUCUCGUGACGUUUGAUGCGGUAUUCAGUUCAGCCGGGAAUGGUACGAGAAAGGCUAGAAAUUCCCGCAAUCCUACGAGUGGCGUGCAGUACUCACUCGUCAACAGCUACGACGUCGCGGAUACGGUUCGUCUCACGAACGAUGGCAAGUUGAUGACGAUCAAGGGCUUGGAUCGAGAGAAGCAGGAUGUCAUACGAGUGACAAUUAUUGCGGAAUACUUUUACAAGCAGCGUACAUUUGCCGGCAUUUAUCAGGUGAUAAUAGUGGUCGAGGAUGAGAAUGAUAACCCGCCGACAUUUAAUCAGCCAUUUUUCUUGGGUGUGAUCGCGGAAAACUCUCCGAUCGGCACUGAGAUUGUGUUGAAUAAUCCGAUCAUCAUCUCCGACAUGGAUGCUGCCGGGCCGAACAGUGACUACGAGCUGCUACUGUCCGGCGAGUCGAACUCUUUCGUGGCCCAGUUCUCCAACUCGACGCUCUCGAACUACAACAAAACGGUGGCUCACAUCUUUCGCAAUCUGCAGAUCGCCAACAUUGAUCCGGGCGAGUCGAGAGUACGUCCGAACUAUCGUCCCCACAAACAGUUGGAGUACGGAAACUCUAGUACACCACACUACAACAUUCUGUUCAUGGGUCCCAACAAGCUCGACCGUGAGGAGAUCGAAAGUCUUACUCUGAAAAUGAUGGCCACCGAUCGUGACAACUUGAUGUCGGAGGUAGAGCUAAAGAUUCUCAUACUGGACGUAAACGACUGUGCGCCAGUGUUUGAGCGGAUUGCCAUCUUUCGCAAGAGCCGCUGCGAAAUGAUCGAAAACACGAGCGAUCUAGAGUUGAUGUAUUUGGACGAGAUCGAGACGGAGGUGUUGCCCGAAUUUCUUGACACAGGCCUGAUGGAGAUAAACAGUCGCGUUUCGUACGGCGUCGAUAGCUUGUUUGAGAUGGUCCAGUCGGCUCCAUACGUCGGAAUGCCACGACUCUACGAUAGUCAAUCGGUUAUGGUGAAUCGAACGGCCGAUCGGGAACACUUAACGAUGAGGCGCAAACUGUACAAACAAAAAGUUCGCCAGCGGGGACGUAACACCCGAGCUGUACAGAAGAAAUCGCAGCUUAAGUUUGCUCUGCCGGAAAAUGUCGAGGUGGGCAAGGUGAUCUUCAAACUAACUGCUAAUGAUGACGACUUUGAGAAGAACUCGAAGGUGUUCUAUGAAGUCGUCGGUCAAACGGAACUUAACAGUGGUGAUCGUGUGAACUAUUUUAAAAUCGAUCGCAACAAUGGAGAAUUACGUGUUGCCAAUCGGCUUCCGCCGGAAAGCGAUGUAAAACUGAACAUCACCGCCAAGGAUGUAGGUGGUUUGUCAGAUAUGUUACAAAUCCAGUUCCGCGUGUACGACGUGAAUGAUAAUGCACCGGUAUUUGAGAAACAGUGGUACACGUUCAACGUUGAUGAAGGAUCGUAUCCAAUUACGGGUAAAAAGAUCGGACAGGUGCGUGCGAAUGAUGAGGACAGUGGCAUGAAUGGUAAUGUUACGUACAUGCUGCUUACCGAAGGUGAUCAGAAGAUACCCUUCUCAAUUGCACCCCUGGACGGUACGAUACGAGUCAGUGGAGAGAUUGAUCGCGAAAUGGUAUCUUCAUAUCGGUUCCGAGUGCUUGCGUCAGACAAUAAUUUCGAUCUUAAACUUUCGGCUAUGGUGGAUGUCGAAGUUAUCGUAAUGGAUCGCAAUGAUAACAGUCCAGAGUUUACAGCAUACGAUGAUCUGCGGAGUGAUCGUAACAAUAUCAAACGGUUGCCAGUGUACGUUGCGUAUCUCGACGUGAAUUCAAAGGUAGGCACAUUCGUCAAGCAAGUAAUGGCCCGGGAUAGUGACUUCCGAGAGAAUGGAAAUGGACUGGUAAUAUAUUCGCUCACAGGACAGAGUGAUGUGCUGCAGUUCAGCAUCGAUCCAAAGGAUGGCGUCGUAACUACAGCCUCCAAAUUCGCACCGAGCGAAACAAACAGGAAAACAUACGAACACCUAAACGUGACAGUGGUGGCAUCAGACUUUGGAACUCCACCGCGUUCAAGUAUGGCUCUUUUGAUUGUGAAUCUACAGGGAGACGCACUUCAAAAGCAACCAGUAGAAGACAAACCACCCCUAUUCCCUUACAAGUACUACGAAAUCGAGUUGCGUGAGAAUGAUCCCGCUCCACGCAUUGUGCUCAAUGUGACGCUUUCGAAGCGUUACGCCAACGAUCCUUUCCGUUGGGAAAUUGUUGGUGACACAUAUGAGGAUCAGUUUCGCAUAGACGAACGGAACGGUUCACUGUGGUUGCUGAGGCCACUCGAUCGAGAGGAGCGUGGCUCGUACGAGGUUCGUAUUCGUGUGCAGAAGAUAAAGCGUGAAACGCGAAACAUUCCCAGCGUGCUGUAUGCGUUAGAGAAUCCGGUUAAGCGGAAAAGCAAUCGGCUGUACGACAAUGAAGUGGAGAUCAUGAUCAAGGUGGUGGAUGUUAAUGAUAACGCGCCUGUGUUUCGGGAUAACUUCGGUCCUAUCAUAUCGGUCGUGCCAGAUUCAGCUAACUACGGAUAUGCGGUCAUGAAAGUUGAGGCCACUGACGACGAUGCAGGAAGCAAUGGAGAAGUACGAUAUUCGUUGCUAAAUGAACCGGCACGCCUGUUUGCGAUCGAUCCUCUCACCGGACAGAUUCGAUUGCUAAACUCUCUAGCAUCGUUCAAGGAGAAGGUGUUUGGGUUCGAUGUGAAGGCGACCGAUCGAGAAGGAGCUGACGAUGGCAAGUCCACCAUAGCAAAUGUGUUCGUUUACGUACUACAUGCACAUCAGGAGGUAUGCUUGAUCCUGGCCGGACUGCCGGUGGACAUCGAGAAGCAGUUAGGGAUGAUUUCGUCCAGUUUAAGCACAGCGACCGGUUAUGAUAUUCGAAUACGGGCGCUCGAAACCAACACCAAAGUUGAUGACGCGACAAACCUUUACCUGUAUGCCAUCGAUCGGAAGACCAACGGGCUGGUAGAAAUGACCGAACUUCAAAGGUCACUCUCUCGACUGGACAUGUCUAACUUGAAACCAAACCUACCCAUCAUCGAGCUUACCGAACUGGCGGUCAACUCGAUCGAGCCACAUUCUUACGAUGCAGCAGGAAUGAAAGGCAUCGAGCUGGCAACGGUCGUGAUAGGUGGAUUAAUCUUUGCCGGAGGCACUGCAACAGCUCUCUGCAUUGCAUGUGCACGCUAUAGACGCCUAAUACCUCUACCGAACGGUGUUGGAGCCGGUGGUGGAGCUGGAGGCAGCAGUAAUACAUCAGCAGAGGACGUGCGUGUUCGUAGUACGGUGUCACGGAUCGGUCUCGGCAGUAAUAACAACACUACCGGCAGUACGCGGCCCAUCACCGGUGCGGACAUACAGCCGGUGAUCAAUCGGUCCGACCUGAAGAGCUCCAUUUUCCAUCCGAACUUCCAUCGACAGUUCGUGACAAACAUCAGUACCGAAGCGGUCCCGGAACACAGCAAUGAGGGAAACAAUAGCGACAGCUACGAGGACUCGCUCAAGGACUCACUGACGUCAAAUACGAGCCUAUGACAAUCGGGGAACCCUCCCGGGAGGACCUAUUACACUGUACAGUUUAGACAUAAGGGUGAUCCGGAGGAGUAGAGCAGUGACACCAUUGUACGAUUGUUGAUUCGUUUUUAAGGUAGU